CAGGUUGCUUUGGGAAAUACAGCCCCAGGUGAGGUCAGAUGCAGUGUAAAGGAAAAACGCAUUGUUGACAGGUGAACGGAAAUCCCAAACCAAUAUAAGAAGAAAUGGAUUUGAACAAAACUGUACUAUGCGAAAGUCUUAUUAUUUGGUUGCAGACCUUCAACACUGCUGCACCAUGCAAGACAGCACAGGACCUGACUACUGGAGUUGCCAUGUCACAGGCACUCCAUCAAAUAGACCCCACAUGGUUCAGUGAAAGUUGGCUGAGCCGUAUUAAAGGAGACGUGGGUGACAACUGGCGACUAAAGAUGAACAACCUGAAAAAGGUCCUUCAGAUGAUCGUGGAUUACUAUAAUGAGGUUCUGGCCCAACAGAUUUCUGAUUUCCCCCUGCCGGAUCUGGUCCAAGUCGCUGAACACUCCGAACCUGUGGAACUAGGGCGCCUCCUACAGCUGAUUUUGGGCUGUGCUGUCAAAUGUGAAAGGAAACAAGAAUAUAUUCAGAUCAUCAUGACUUUGGAGGAGUCCGUGCAACAUGUUGUGAUGACUGCCAUUCAAGAGCUAAUGAGUAGGGAAUCCAUGGCACAUUUUGGAGCAGAACCCCUUGGGGACAUUGAACUGCAGCUAAAGAAGGCUAUGGAGGAUAUGGCUGAGCUCAUGGCACAGAAAGAAGAGCUGGCACAGCGGUGCCAGGAGCUGGAUAUUCAGGUCACUGUGCUUCAGGAGGAGAGGAACAGCCUGCUGGCGGAGAAUGAUGUGCUGACUGACAGGGCCAACCAGCUAGACUCCUUCGAUGACCCCAGUACCCCCUCAGGGAAGAAGCAUAGCCAGCUCCAGCUGCAGCUUGAACAGCUGCAGGAGGAGAAUUUCAGACUGGAGGCUGCUAAAGAUGACUACCGCAUCCACUGUGAGGAGCUGGAGAAGCAGCUUAUAGAGGUGCAGCACCGUAACGAUGAGCUGACUAGCCUGGCAGAGGAGUCCCGCUCACUCAAGGACGAGCUGGACAUCCUGAGGAGCUGCUCAGACCGGGCGGUCAAGCUGGAGGCCUCAGUGGAGACCUAUAGGAAGAAGCUGGAGGACCUAAGCGACCUGCGACGCCAGGUGAAGACUCUGGAGGAGAAGAACAUGACCUACAUGCAAAACACUGUCAGCCUGGAAGAGGAGCUUCGCAAGGCCAAUGCAGCUCGCACGCAGCUGGAAACCUACAAGAGACAGGUCCAAGAGCUGCACAGAAAACUGUCAGAGGAGUCCCGGAGGGCAGAUAAUUUGGCCUUUGAAAUGAAGAAGUUUGAAGAAAAACAUGAAACUGUGCUAAAAGAAAAAGAGAGGAUAAUCAUUGAGCGGGACUCCUUAAAAGAGACUAAUGAGGAACUGCGAUGUAACCAAGCCCAGCAAGAUCAGCUCAUGCAAGCAGGACUUUUUCCUACUGGAAGUCCAAGCCAUGAUAACCUUGCUGCUGAAAUCUUGCCGAUAGAGUUCAGGGAGAAAUUUAUUCGAUUACAGCAUGAGAACAAGAUGCUGCGUGUGCAGCAGGAGGGCUCUGAGAACGACCGCAUUGUUGAGCUGCAGGUUCAGCUCGAGGAAGCCCACCGCCACAAAAGCGAGCUGGACACUGAGAAGAGGUUGAACCAGGAAAGGAUCUGUGAACUACAGCUUCAAGUGGAGGAUCUCCAGAAAGCCCUACAGGGGCAGGGAGCCAAGACUGAGGACUCUCACCUGAAAAAGAAGCUUGAUGCUCACAUGGUGCAGCUAAAUGAAGCCCAGGAUGAGAUUAUGAAGAAAAAGGAGCUGCUUGAAGACCUGCAGCCAGACACUGCACAGACUACACUGAAGAUAGAUGAGCUGCUGGCUGCCCUCAAGAAGAAAGAUGAGGACAUGAGAGCGAUGGAGGAUCGCUACAAGAUGUACUUGGAAAAGGCCCGCAAUGUGAUAAGGGCUCUGGAUCCCAAGCUGAACCCAGCCACUGUUGAGAUCCAGUCCCUCAAGAAUCAACUUGCAGAGAAGGAUAAGAGAAUCAUCAGUCUGGAGCGUGAGUGUGAGCAGGCAAAACUUCGAGAAUACGAAGAAAAGCUGAUUGUUACUGCAUGGUACAACAAGAGCCUGAGCUUCCAGAAGCUUGCCAUCGAAUCCCGGCUGGCUAGUCGGUCCUCUUCCUCCAUCGUGCCGCCCGGACAGUCCUUCCUGGCCCAGCAGCGGCAGGUGACCAACGCUCGGCGCACCGUUUCCGUCAACGUGCCGGCCUCGUCCUCUAAGUAGCAGCACUUCCGCACACCCUCCCCAAGUGCACUCUCAAGUGACCUUAAGCACACUGCUCUCAGCUCUUCUUGUCCACUUCUUGGGAGACAUGCAUGCGACAACAUGAACGUGAGGACUUAGGGACGCUGUUUCAGCUUUCCCUGGCUGCCGGCUGCAAUCCUGUACCUGGGCUCCGUUUAGAAUAAUAGCUAACUGGCAUCAGGUCUAACUGACAGGUUUAGUGAAUGGAUAUUGAUUUGGAACUGAUCAAGCUUUUAUUUAUCUUCUUAUGUCGUCAUAUUCAUAUUACGUCAGGGAAAUAAAUAACCUUUUGUACUUGUAUAUGUGUGUAGUGCAGCAAGAUUCAAAAUCAAGUGAAAAGCAACAGAUGUUGUGUUUCUAUUUAUACCUCCAGUCAAUGUGUAUUUCAGCUGUGGGGUUUUUAAAACAAUAAUUUACCUAGAUGAUUUCAGGACUUCAGCACUAUUAUCAGUUGAAUAUCACUUCCAGAAUGAAGUGUUGUGUAAUCCUUUGACUAAGCUAUGCAGUUUGGAGAUGAGUCUACCAUUCAUUGAAGAAUGACCUUGGCAAAUGUUUUCAGUCAGACUAGAACCAUCUCUGUGAACUAGGUGUACAAAUAACAUUAAAAACAAAGGCAAAUUGGUGCUGGACAUCAUAAUUUCUCUUUUGUGGUGCAUAUAAUUUCACUCACAUCAUGCAGUGCAGAAAAGAGUUCCUGAAGGAAGGAUAAAAUAUAUUGCAUACAUGAACAUGUUUAUCUUGGAAAACGUGUGUGAAUAUGUGUAGAGGGGCUGCAAAGAAAUGUUGAUGAAUUUGAAAUGAUUAGACUUGACAUGGUACGUUUUGUACAAAAUGUGAAAUGAUGAAAUGAAAUCAUUUAGAAAGGCUUUUUUCUACAGAAAAGUGUCAAACAAGGAUUCUAUUUGGUCAACAUUAGUAAAGCAGGGUUUACAUGCCAGCAUUUGAAUAAAGUAUAUGGAAAAAGCUGUCAGAAUAUGAUAAUAUUUACAGUUCAUGGUUUAGUAGGACUCAUAGGUAAACAUACCCAUAAUACAUUAUGAAUGUGACUCAUUGUACUGUUCUUCAUAGAACUCUUGAUUCACAGUGGAAACUGUAAUAGAUAAAAGGCACAGCCUAAGAUGGGUUUGCAAGCUGGGCCAUAGGGCAUCAGGAACUCCGUAGCACUGGUCUGCUCUGUGCUACUUUUUGUGUCACCUUAAGUUGCGCAAGUUCAAUAUCAUCAAGAAAGCUGCGGUCUCAAAUUCAGUCCAGCAUACCUGUUUAUUUAAAAAAUGCGUAUCAAAUUUGUGUCAUGCAUAAAUACUGUUUAGAUAAAUUGAAUCUGAAGAAAUUGAAUUUACUUAAAAGUAGAACGGUGGAUUUAAAUCUCAAAAUUGUACUGGAUGAAACCAAAAUUGUAAUUCCUCAGAUUACUCUGUCAGAAAAAAUAUGCUGAAUGAAAUGUAAUUUACCAAUGGAGUAAAAAUUUGGAUGUACUUUUGAAAUUAAUUAAAAUAAAGUUCUUUUUAAUA